UCAUUUAGUGAUUAAAUGGCAGAUAAGAAAGAACAUACUGACAAGGUAAUCCACGCGAGAAAUAAAAGCCGGAUCGUUGCUAUCUAGUCUUUCCAAAUAGUACCAAUCAACCAGGCUACAGACAAAUUAAAAUCAACCCGUCGGAAAACAGAUGCAAACUCGGAUGAGAUGGAAAGAAAAAAAUCAAGCGAAUUCACCGAGCAAGACUUGAGUUAAGUACCAACUAUUGACUUAUUGGAUUAUUUCGCCAAAAUUAGCGAACUAUAGUACAAUAUAGUCAAAAUAGAAUAAUCAUUGGCUGGGGAUUAUUUAGCUCUGUAUUUCACUCUGAACCAGCUGUUGCACUGACAGGUUGGGGGAAGAAUAUCUGGAACAAACAAAAUCUCAGACGUCAACAGUGGAAACAUUGAAAUACUGGUAUCCGACCUUAAAAGAGAAUAUCUUACUCUGAAUACUAUUCCCAACCGCAAGGGUAUCGUAGUCGUUCUGUUCCGUCGCCUGGUUUGAUAUACUUUAAUAUAUUUUAGUUUUGUGCUAUGAAGAAACAUAGUUAUAGCUGUUCUGUAGGAUUUCCGGUUGUUAAAUCUGGCCUUCGUCUACAUGUGUGAAAGGGCCUCAGGCGAUUCAACGACCCCAACUUGGUUUGCAUUCGCCAUCAAGUGUUCAGUGUUUGCUUUUCACCCUGGAUCUCUUUAAAGGCGUUUCUAUUCUCAUCAUACAUCAGCAUUACUCAUGUACAAUAUGAACGAACAAACUUAACAAUUUUUAAGAGGAUUUCUGUGAAACUAUAAAAACUAUGGGAGAACUGACGAACUCGGAAAUCUUCGGUUUUUCGUUGAGUUUAUUUUUCAUGAAUGUGGCAGCUCUAGUCAUGAACUUUUUGGUCUGUCUUGUUGUGUACAGGAGUAAAGAACUCAGGAAACAUAUUUCCAGCGUUUUUAUUGUUAAUUUGGCAAUUUGUGACUUCAUGAUGGCUAUCUUUGCUAUGCCAUACUCCUUUGGUUCAGUUAUCCUCAAUAGAUGGCCAUUCGGUAACUUUUGGUGUCAGACGACAGGGUUUUGGAAUAUGCUGUUGAGCUUAGCUGCAGUGUUGACCUUAGCGACCAUCUCGAUAGAUCGCUAUAUUGCCGUCAUCAAACCGCUACAAUACCGAGCCAAAAUGACAAUACAAUGGGCUUUGGUGAUGAUAAGUUUUGUAUGGUUCCAAUCGACGGUGUUUUCCAUCAUUCCCAUCGGACUUGGUUGGUACAGAUUUAACCGCAAUUACUAUUUGUGUACGUUUCCUUCUGAUUUAGGAGAUGUUAACUACAUCGUAUUCACCGUCACCACCUAUUCAGCAAAUGUUGGCUUAUCUUUGGUCAUCAUGUUGGGAACUUACUACAAGAUAUUUGGUGUAGCUAAGCUCCAUUCACGUCGUAUUGGACAUGCAGUUAUAAAUGCCGUACAUUUUGCACCAGGAGUGCGAGGAGCAAUGUCCACGGAAUCGAGCCGACAAAGAGAGUUUAAAGCAGCUCGAAAGAUUCUCUUUGUCAUUGGUGCAUUUAUCUUGUGUGUUGCGCCAUACACAGCCAUACGGCUUCUUGAACUUGCCAAAGGAGAACAACCCUUAAGUCAUCGAGUUACAAUCUCCUUGCGUUGGAUUGCUUUCCUCAAAAGCUCCAUUGAUCCGUUUAUUUACGGAUUGUUGCAAAGACGUUUCAGGCGCGCACUUCUUGAACUUUUCCUCGGGACUCAACGGGCAAGAAUGGCCCGUAAUUCUUAUCCUUGUGGAGGACCGAUUCGUGUGCGCGCGAAAAGGAACUCGUCUCAAAGCGAAACGGGUACGGUGAUGACCGCCAUGAAUAAACAGAACUCGGUGGAAAUAGCAUAAAACCGCUUCGAUAUUUUAAAAGCAAGAUCAGUACAAAACAGAGUAGGUGAGCUCGCUCUAAUUCUAGUUAAAUGUGUAUAUCAUUAAAAAGAUUUAAAUAGAAAAGGCUGCAGAAUGAAA